GUGGUAGGGGACAGAUAACAGACGCGGGUAAACCUUAGCAUCUUAAGACUUUAGAACUUAAUGGCUCCCCUUUCAAGAGCAUGGAGUGUGAAGGAGAUGGGGGCGGGUAUAGGGAGCAAUGGUAGUGAAAAGGGAGUAGAUACGGAGAAUGCAGAGCAAUAGGGUGCUUAAUGAGGGGAUUUUUGCUAAUGAUAAUUAUGAGUAAUUUAAUUCAAUUCUUUGCUGAGUUUAUUUCUAAGUCAGGGAAAAAGCUCUAUACAGUCCCAGGAUCGAGGUGGGACCUGGAGUGAGGGCGGGCGGUGCGGGGAGAAAAAUGCGGGCGGGAGUGGUGGGGGAAAGGAAGACGACAGGACUGGCCGUGGUGGCCGAAGUCGGUGCCGCCCUUCCCCGGGCCGCCACAUCUGGCUGGAAGCCCCGAGUCCCCAGGGCCGCACGAUUCCCUCUUCUUGCCCCACGGAUAGCCAGAUAUUGUUCUCCGCUCCGCUCACCACGGCUCAGCUUGGCUCCUACCGGCCCGGGCGGGGGCGGAGGCGGGGGCGGGGGAAGGAGCGCUCCCUCUCCAACCUCCUCCACCUCCCCGCUCCUCCACAGCCUGAUUGGAGGAAAGUUUCUGGACUGGGUGGCGAUUGGAGAGUUCUGUCAGUCUCCGCCUCCCUGCCCAUCCCUCCCCUAGCCGCUGGCAUCCCCCAGCCCAGGUUGAAAGUGGCCGGCGGCGCGGCGGUCAGCGAGCUCGGGGCUAUGGGGUUUGGGAGCAGCGCCGCCGCGCCUCUCGCCUCCCCCGGGCUCUGAAACGCCUAGCCUAGAGGAGAUGGGGGGCUGCGGUUAGCGGAGGCUGAGACUCGCCGGGUGCGAGGGUCGGAGGAUGCGGCUCCAGCUGUUGCUGCUGCGGCGGCGGAGCUGCGGCUCCUGAGCGCCCCGGGGCCCCAGGCUCGGCUCCAGCUGCCCGGCCAUGCCGCUUCCACCACUCCUUUGGCUACUGGGCUGCGGCCUCCUGGCCUCCGCGGCCCUGGCCAGUUACUCGGAGGAUCAGUGCAGCUGGAGAGGGAGUGGCUUGUCCCAGGAGACGAACAGCGUGGAGCAGCUAUCCUUGCAUUGUGCUGAGGGCUCCCUGGAGUGGCUGUACCCAGCAGGGGCCCUGCGCCUCACCCUCUCCCCGAGGCUGCCCCCUGGCAGUGCUGGAGCUGGCCAGAGUCCCAGGCAUAUCACAGCCUGCAUCAAGUCCUCUGGCCCCUUCCGGGGGGCCCAAGUCUACGUGGAGAGAGAUGGACUCCUGGAGCUGCUGUUAGCUGAGGCCCAGGGGCCGCCCAGGGGCCGGUGUGUCAGCUGGCAGCCCCAGGAGCGGGUGGCCCUGUUCGUCCAGUCCACCCCGCAUCGGGACAUCAGUCGCCGAGUAGCAGCCUUCCGCUAUGAGCUUCGAGGGGACUGGCACCUGCACCUCCCUUUGUUCACCCACAACCUUAGCAUGGAAGGAACCUGUCGCCCGUGCAGUGAUGCUGAGGUUCUCAUGGCUGUGUGCACCAGCGAUUUUGUGGUUCGAGGGACCAUCUGUGGGGUGACUCACGACCAGGAGCUGCAGGAGUCGGUGAUCAGCGUCAGCGCGCCUCGCAUCCACCGGCAGAAGUUCCCCUUGUUCCAGCCGGCCGAGUCCCCCAGCCAGGUGUCCGGCACCAUCCGCACUCCCUUGCGCUGCGGCGUCAGGCCCGGCCCUGGCACCUUCCUCUUCACUGGCUGGAGCCACUUUGGGGAGGCCUGGCUGGGCUGCGCUCCCCGGUACCAGGAUUUCCGCCGCAUGUAUGACGCGGCCCAGGCUGCCCACCACAACCCCUGUGAGAUGGCCCUGGAUUAAGGCUCCCUGAGGCUGGGAAGAAAGGACCCCACUGACCACGCUGAGGAGCUCUCAGUACCCCGGACUGUCCAGAGGUGCUGUAAGAAAGAGGAAUUGCUUUGAUCCUAGCUUUUGUUUUAGGAGUCAGCAAGGUCAGACGACCAGCACAUUCCCGGGCAUCCAAGUGCAGAACCAAUGAUGCCAGUCUUGGGAGAGAUGUCGAGGGGGCACUUUGGGCAAUUAAUCUGGGGGGGUAGCCUGGGCUGGGAAAAGCCAUCUUUUCCUUGGUAGAGCUCCCCCACCAUCACCCCAUGGGGUGCCGCCUGUCCUGCGCAUCUUGCAGAUCAGAGAGGUCUUAGAGGGAAAGAUGAACCGGCCCUUCACUCUACCUUCCCCUUUCCAGGGAGACGUUGCUGCUAGAGCCUGGGACUCCCCAGCUUGGUGGGCAUCUCACUUGGAAAUGACUCGGCAGAGUGGGAUAGGAAGGGCAGGGGUGGGAGAGAGAAAGGCGGAGAAGAGGCCUUGGGGGCCCUACAGGGAUCCUGAUACCAAAUGUAUGUGCCCACAGUGGCGUUUCGGGGGAACUAAACUCUCUGCCAAGCAUGUGGCUUAGUGGUUUCUUCCUGCUUUCAUCGGCAGGUAGGGGCUUCAUUGGUGAAAGUACCGGGGGGAGGAGGCAAGGGAUGUUGUCCUGGUUAUUUCCCUCUGCCAAAAGCCCUUUCCCUUCUCUGCCUGGGCUCUCCAGCCUCUAGAACCUAUUGGCUGGGUAGUUUAUUAGGCAAACCUUUUUGGAGAAAGUAACUGAAUUCAAUGAAAGGAAGGUUUGGGGGUAUGGGGUAGGUUAGAGUGUAAAAUGACUUGAAGAGAGUCAGAUUCCUUUUACCUUGGUACCUUAUUUAUUGUUGUGUGUCCCCUUUCACACACCUCUUCUCCCCCUGCCUUCCAAGCCCAUCGUGGCCCUCACUCACAGCCUUCUACAUGUGUUUUCUAUUAACCUUCAGUCCUGUCUUCUAGGUGUAUGGCCAUCCUGGGACACAUGCAUCCUCUCAAACACAGGCUCUCACACCCACCCACAUGCUCCCUGUGCAUUCUCUUGUGCGCGCGCUCUCUCUCUCUCUCCCUCUCUCUCUCUCUCUCUCACACACACACACACAUUUUCCUUUUUCUUCCACUGCAGUUGCUUCAGUUCUCUCAAGUCCUGCAUUUUAUAUCCGCCCACAAUGGGAUCUGAUAAAUGGGUUAAAAACUCCCACUUCCUGAUACACACAGGAGGAACAUCAUCCCCCAGCCACUCUUCUCCAUCUCUGAGAACUGAAGCUGGAAGGAUGGAGAGAUUCCUGGAGGCUGAGCUCACACUGGCCACCAUCCAAGAAGGCAACUAAGGGGAUAAGGAAAGGAAGAUGCUCUCUCUUAGAGCUCACAUCUCAGAGAGAUAGACCAAGCAGAUAAACUCAGUUUUCAGAGUUCCCUUAGGUGGUUCUUAUUAAUCUAAAGUGAGUAAGAAUGCCUGCAGAGAGCCUUAAGCCCAGAGGGAGGCAGAGAAAAGGAAGAUUAGCAAAAAGGAAUGAAUGUUCCCUAGAAAAAGCUGAGUCCAAAAGCCUGUUUCCUUGAGAUUUAGAGCUUCUUGUGAAUGGUGUGCUGGCCUGAAAUUCAGAACUGCUGAAGUCUGUUGAAUUUUGUUUCAGGUUUGACUUUGAAUGACUGGUUAAAAAGCCACUUCCCUGUCUUAGUGCCCUAGUCACCCUGUCUGUAAAAUGGGGAUAGUCAUCUUUGGCUCAGGCCCACCUUCCUGGGGAUGAAUGAGAGGAUGUCUGUGAUGUGCUGGGAGCGCCUCAGAGGUGGUGGACGUGAGAUGAAUUCUCAACACCAUGGGCAUUCUGUCUUGCGCCUUGCUAGAGAUGAGAGAGCCGUUUUGCAAGAGAGAAUAGAAGGCCUGAGUGGGGAGAAGGAAGCGCUCUAAAUUUGGAAGACAGUGGCAGGAUGACUUGGGGAUUGAGGAGGGAGGGAGAGAGGGAGCAAGAGGGCACCCCAUCCCGGACCGGGCUCUCGCCCUACUUUCUGCAGUCCAGCACAUUCCAGGGAAGAAUGUGCCACUUGUUGCUGAAUUUCCUCACGGGGGCCGGGGAGCUGUUUCACCCAGCUGGGCUCAGGGCUCCGGGCUCUCUUCGCCACCCCCCUUACCAGCCCUGGAGGGGGAGGCGCACAAUGGGGUCUCUAAGGAGAUGUUUCCCGCCACUUCCCCCCAUUGUCGCCCUUUCUCUCCCUCCCCCAUUCCUUCCUCCUUGCUCUUUCAGGCAGAUAAAGGGCUGAAUUGGUGAAUUGGUGGGUUACAAAGAAGAGGCGGCACAAAGCCUGAAAGAGGCAGAGGACUGUGGCUGCUUCCCCUGUCUCUUCCCCCUCCCCCCCAAGCCAAAGCCAGGAAGAAGGAUGACCCCGGAGUCCCUCUGCUGGUAUGGCUGACUUCCUCCAGUCCCUCUGAUGGGGAGAACGGCCCCCCUGCUCGGGCUUUUCCAGAGCCGGGGGAGAGAGUGUCUCUUAGGGGGAAAACAGCAGCUGGAGUUAUUUGGGAGAAAGGGCCAGGAUCAUGUAUCGCAUCAAGGUUUCCCCCACUUCCCCCUCUCCCUGAGGUACUUGGUGGUGGAGGGUCUGCACCCAUACAGGCAAUUGAGGAGGAGUAUGUGUUGGGGGCGCUUAGAGAACUGAGCUCAUGGGAGGCAGCUAGGGGCCAGCGAGCUCCCACAACAUGAGGUAGAGGAGGAAACUAGACCUGGCAGCUAGCAGGGCUUGGGCCUCCCUGGCCUGGGAGUCCCCCAUACCCUGGUGAUCCCAAAGUCAAUCCUUGUGCCCUCCAGACACUAGGGUCUGGAGGCUGGGUUUCAGCGGGUCCCCCAGGGCUGGGAUCCCAGCAGACUAACAGGCAGCCCCAGGUUCAGCCUGCCUCCAAGGCUCCGGGCCCCCAGUGGGGCCAGGAUUCGGACCAGCCUCCGGUCUGUGCGUGUGCGGCUCGGUGUCUGAAACCAUGUUUCCUAGUAAGCUGGGGCACUCUGUCUUUUCCAGAGAUGGUAGGCAACAAGUAUUAGCAAAGACUUGGGCCUAAGGGCUUCCCUGGCUAGGCUGAAACAAGACAAAUUGCUGAAAGUUGGAGGCUGGAGUUAGAAUCUGCUCUCAUUUAGCUGUGACAUGAGUUGGCUCAUCUUGGACAAGUCACCUCAAUGCUGGUCUUCAGGUUCCUGAUCUGCAAAGUUACAGGCUUAAACUAGAUUUAUGAGGUUCCUGCUAGCUCUAAAUUAACUAUCCCUUAUCACCAAUCCUGAUCCCACUGUCCCAACUUUGGCCCCAUGGUGUCAGUGGGCCAUAAUAGAAUUAGGAAAAGCUGAGUUGGGAUUCUGCCUUAUACUAUGUGACCCUGAGGGAGUCACUUAACCUAUCUCAGCCUUAGUUUCCUUAUCUGAAAAAUUGAGAUAACGAUAGCACCUACCUCAGGAUUUUUCUAUGGACCAAAUGAGAAAAAUGACGUUUUAUAAAAUGCUUUGCAAGCCAUAAGGUGGGUAUGUAAAUAUCAGCUUUUAUACCCACCCACCUUUCUGAGCCUCCACUUAGGAGUUCUGGACCUGGAAAUGAUUGGCAGAGAAGAUACUACCAGUGGGUUUUUUGUUUUUUUUUUCUGAGAGAAAAGUGAGGUAGUUGUGGGCUGAUUGGGCUGCAAGAGUCCCUUACAAUUCUUUAUUCUUUAUUUAUCUCUAGAGGAUGACUCUAGAGGGAUUAUUCCUUUUUUUUUUUUAAUCAAAGCAGUAGGUUCUUUGUCCAUGAGGAAGGGUUGAAAAGUGGUGUUCUGGUUUUGCUUUCUAUUCAGAGUUUUCACUGCUGUUUCUAUUAACUGCAGGGGUAGAAGUGUUGAGAGACUAAGAUUGAUCUUCAUGGAAGAAGAUGCGUGUGAAAGAGCGUGUGGGUGUGUGAGUGCCUUCCUGUGCCUCUGGUGGCAAAUGUGAUCCCACAUGCAUGUGCACCCCGGUGGAUGCUGUGGGGGUGGGUGCACGUUGACAAGGGUAUGGAGUAAGGUUCCACAAGAAUGUCUGGGACACAUCUCGGGUGAGGCUGUGGGUGUGUGAGAAAGUGGUCUGCAUGCCUGGGAGCUUUUCUGUGUAAUUGGUUCUUGGACGAGAGUAUAGAGAAUUAAGUACAAAUUCCACAUGUGGCUUCCUGGGACUCAUUCUGCCAUUGAUCCACACCAGACUAAUCCUUCUAAGGUUUAGAAGGGGCAGCCUCUCGUCACCCCAGGGUGGCAGGGCCAGUAAUGAAUAGCAGUCUCCAAAGGGGAAGGGCUAUUGUGAGCAGGUUUGGGCUGAGGUCUCUGGGCCUGCUCUCUCUCCAUUACUUAGAACAUUGCCAGGUCACUUCUCUUUUCUGGAGCUGUUCCCAAGGUCCUGGGCUUUCCCAUCAUCUGGGAGUGCGUAGUUGCAGAAAUCUAAGUGGCAGCCUCCGCCAGGGCCCCUUUUGGGAGUUGGGGGGUGGGAGUGGGGGAGGGAAGCCGUGUGUGCUUGGCAAACUAAAUGAGAUGGCUCUCUGCCCUGAGGCCUAGAGGGCUUGGUCCCCUCCCUGAGGCUCUGACCAGCACUUGGGAAUGGCCUCCAGAUUUUGAGUGCUCAGGUGGGCUUGGAAAUUGCCUCCUCCCAGCUAAGCAGCCUUUUCUCCCUUUGGCUGUUGGCUCUCAGGGCUGCGGCUGAGAUCGCAGGCAGCUGGGGAGGGAGCUAUUCCCAGCACAUAGUGACAAAUUCCUGACAUUCAUGGCUACUUUACAGCAUGGAGGAGGAGAGGAAAAAAAAAAAGACCUAGGAGAGUAAAGAUUAAAGUCUUUGGCUCUGAGAGGUUUCCUACCGGGAGCGUGAAGGCUCUCCACUCAAUCCUCACCUGCCCCCAUUUAAAUCCUUUGGAAUCCAAAUAGUGGCCCCCUCUUCCCACCCCCAGCCUGGGAAAGGUCAUUUCUUUGGUAUUCCUAAAUCCCUUUUUACAUAUUGCCUAGGGUGGGAAAUCUCUGCAGCUUCUUUCUCUCCCCAGACAACUGGGAAAUUCAGAAGUGAGGAGUCAUGGGGAUCGCACCGGAACCUGGGGAAUGGCCUCCCCCAUUCCCUCCGCCUCCCCUGCUCUCAUAUUUCCUGUCCUCCCCACCGAACUCAGGCGCCUUAUUUUCUCCCCUCACUUCAUUUUCAGUUUCACUUACACAUCAUCUUUCUUAACCUCAGCCCUCUUGGCCUUUAUUUUUGUUGGCUGCUCCCCCCUCCCCAAAGGCUCGCUCCGUCUCCACUCUCCCUUGGCCUCCAUCCUUCCCUGUUUUUCUGCUCCCUUUACACUACACCCCUCCUCCUUUCUCUUUGCCUGAUUUUCCAUCAGAUUUCAAGCUAAUUGCCUCCAGCUGCAGGAGAGAACCGGAAAAUCGGAGAAGUCUCCGUGGCAGUUCAUUUGGCUGGGGUUGGGGCUCAAGAUGGUUUCGUUUAACGAAGCCCUAUUUGGUUGUCCCAGAACAAGAGCUAGGGGGGCCAAGGCCCCACUCUAAUUAGGGGUGGUUGGUGGAAAGAGUCCCGAGUAUAAAGUUUAUCACCCUCUUUGCGCUUCUCUAGGCCCACUACGAUCAACAACUCCUCCAGCUCCCAGUGCAUCUGUCCUUCCUCUCUGGAUCCAAUUCAAAUUGCCUAAGCCCAGCUAUUAUGUCUUUCCAUAGCGUGUUGGACAUAAGCAAAGUGCUUUUUCAGCAAAAAUUUCCGCAGCCCUUCUCCUGCUUAUGAACUUUGAUGGUGAGAGCAGUACAGAGAGGAGGGGUAGGAAGCCAACGAUGGAAUUCAGAAGUUUGGUUCCCAGUCCCAUCUUAAGCCCCCUCCCCCAUUUGAAAUAGGGCCCUUUUGGGAAAACAUUUCUGACUUGUAAAUUCCCCACCUGGACCACCAGAGAAAAGAGCUUUGGCCAAUAUAACAUAGUAGAAAGACCUGGGCUCCAGUCUCAGCUCUGCCACCUUCCAUCUGUCAUUAAGCCCCGAUAUUAUGGUUUUGCUAUGGAGCUGGCACUGUAGCACUGCAAAGAGUUGUAGCUGCCCUUAAGGGGUUUCCAUUCUAGUAGGGGAGACAACAUACAAACAACUAUACAGCUUGUGUAGAGAGUCCAUGGAAGGAAGACAAAGGAAUGGACCAGGAAAUAACCUUGCAGAAUCUGAGUCAUGAAGAGAACCCAGGAAGUCCAAGGAAAGAAGGAAGGCAUUCUAAGCAUGGGGGAGAGACACUCAGUGAAAAAAGUUGGAGUUGGGAGAUGGAGUGUUGUGAAAAGAAUACUUGGGAGGAAAAGGUGACAAGGGGAAUAAAGUGUAAAAAAGAUUAGACUUGACAGGGAGAGACCAGGUUGUGAAGGUUUUUAAAGCCAAAUAGGAUUCUAUAUUUGAUUAUGGAGAUGAUAGGGAGUCAGAUUGAGGAGGGCAGUGAAAUAGUCAGACUUGCAUUUUGGCAACUGAAUGGAAGUAACAGGGGAAAGACGAGGUAGGAAGAUGGGAAAGUUUUUGCAGGAUUCUGUGCCUGAAGUGAUGAGCACCAGUGUGGUGGCUGUAUGAAUAGAGAGAAGUUAUGAAAGUUGAUAAGAUUUGGUAAUAGAUGGGAUAUGUGGAGAGAAGAGUGAAGGAUGAUACUGAGGUUAUGAGCCUAAGUGACUGGCACGAUGAUGAUGUCUUAAAUAGUAAUGAGGAAGUUGGGAAGAGGUAAAAGCUGGGAGAGAAAGAAUAGGAGUUCUGUUUUGGUUAUGUUGAAUCUGAGAGGAGCCUAUGGGAUGUCCAAAAAACAGUUGAUUAUUUAUAGUUAUAAAUGUGGGGUGUCCUGGAGUAUACCUGGACCUCAUGAUAGGUCUACCUGGGAUCCAAAGCCUUUAGCAACAGGUGUGCCUUUCUAUGUCUGGGAAUGCCCAAUUGUUACAGCUGUUGCUGUUUGCUUCCUCUUUUUUGCUAAAGGAAGAAGCAGGUUUGUUUUAGUGACUUGAUCAUCUUGGAGCCCCUCUGUCACCUUUUGAAUCCAAGUGAUGCUUGGACUGUUCUAAUGGUACUGCUGCUACCUAUUAGAACCUGCUUCCUGUUAGGAAUGAAUAGGUGAUUUGAUCUGCUCUCCUCCCCACUCCUAGGAAGUACUGUAGCCAGGUUAGGGAAAAGUUACAUUGUUUUUGCCAUUGACUUUGCCUUGCCAUUUUGUUUCAGUGUGGGACUCCGGGUCUCUGGUUGCUUCAGAAGAUUAAGACAAAAUACAAAAAUUUUAAGCUUUAAAAAGAUGUACUUUUGUCCUUAGGUAGAGUAUGGGAACAAGGGGACAGGGUCCAGGUGGUGCUUUUUUUUUUUUUUUUUUUUUUAAAGAAAAAGCUAAAAAGUUAUUCUAUAAUUGGGGUAAGGGAAAGGGUUUGAUUAAAAGCACUUUGCAAAGUUUGUACUUUUAAAAUGUAGUUGUUAAUUUUUAAAAAUUGAGCUUAAGUUUUAGUUUGAUAAACAGAACAUCCUUUAUAAAUGAAUAUUCAAUAAAUGUUUGCCUUUAAAAAAUAAAUGGGCACAUAUUCCAAUGACAUGUGCUAUACAUUCCUGAAACAUGGAGCUAUUGUGAUAAUAUUAAAAGAGAUAAAUAGAUCUGAUUGUUUAGGAAUUUUGUCAUCAGCUCUGAAAAACAGCAUCUUAAAACUAGUGGAAAAUUUCGUUAUCAACUGUUCUCAUUUUGGAGAACUUUUUUGCAAAACAGAUAAGAUUUUUCAGCAGCAAGAAACUUUAGAGAUCAUUCCAAAAGUCUCAUCUUUCAAGUGAGCAAUUUGAAGUCCAGAGAGGCUCAAGGUCAUAGGGGUCACAUAUGGCGGACCUAGGAAUCAAACCCAGGUUUCAAUCAACAAAUCUUUUAGGUACCUACUUAAAAGGAUUCUCUGUGUUAGGAUAGGCACUGGGGUUACUAAGACAAAAACGAACCCUUCUUCAUCUUCCAGGAGCUAAUUAAAAGAAGCAUAUAAAAAGAUAAAUAAAAGGUAAUUUUUUUUCUCCUUGAGGAAGGAAAAAAAAAAUGGCAGAUGGGGGGGAUUAGGAAAAGCUUCAUGGAGGAAACAAUAUUCCAAUUGGGAUUUGAAAGAAGCUGGGACCCUUAAUCCAGUACUCUUUCUACCCCACCAUAAUGUCAAACAAUGAGUUGAGUUCUUUUCAAAUUAAAAAUAUGCACCAUUCAUCUCUGCCUCCUAGACUUUCAGCUCUCUGAAAUAACAUUGGUCAUUCAAAUACCUGGGAAUGAACUGAACAUCAUAGGUGAGGAUGGUUGACCUCCUUCCAGGGAUCCCAAACAUGGCUAAGUUAGAGAAUUUUAAGAAUAACUGGCAUAGAUGAUAAUGGACUGGAUUUGAAGGUCAGUCAGACUGGAAUUUUAAUGUCUCCUCUGAUAACUACCAAACAGUUGUGUGACUGUUUACAAAUAUCACCUCUGAACCUCAACUUUCCUCAUCUAUGAAGAUAGUUUCUAUACCUACAAGAUUGUGAUAAUUAAAUAUGAUAAUGUAUGUAAAUGUCAAUCUUUCAAGAUGGGAUCCAAAAGGAAAGAACUUUGUUUUAAUCUUAGCUCUGUUUUUUAAGUGCUUCAAGUGACCAAGAAUGGGUAGAUACCUGGAAGGAGAAAUUCCAGUUGAAUCCUGAUGGAUGGAAAAGAUGAGGAAAACAAGGGAAAGGGGAUAAGGGCUUGGGAGGGUGGGGGGGAGGGAAGGGAAGAAUCAGAAGAAAAGGCCUUUAUAACACCUGACACUAGAGAAGCUUCUGACCAACACACACUCUUCAUUUCACCCGAUUCUCAUCGUUUGUCCUUCAGAGCAUCAAAGCAACAGUGAUGUAGCAUAAAACUGAGCCCAGGAUUGAUGACAUCAGUGUAACAAAAAGCCUGAAUAAAGUGUCAGAAAGUUUUAAAGCUGGAGAGUUCAGCUCUAAGAACUGGUGCCCCUUCCAUAAAUCUGUACACUAACCCCCUUUCCUUCUCCCUAUCACCUUCCCAUUCCUUCAGGAAAAGAACCCAAAGCCCAAACCAUUAGGCUGGCUGUCCAAUUCCUGGUGUUUGGGGAUGUUCCCUUCCAGCUCCCUCAGGCCCAGUGGGCCUUACUCUCUACCCUGCUGACUCCAGGCCGUUGCUUUUUGAUCUGUUGGUACAAACCAAGGAUCCUCGGAUAUGUUCAUCUCCUCUGAAGUUGUACCCUUUUUUGUGUGUUGUCUUCAGAUAGAAUGUAAGCUCCUUGAGGGCAGGGACUCUCAAUUUUCCAUUUGUAUUGCCAUUUAGUGUAGCUUGGCUCUCAAUAAAAUGUUUUCCCUCCCAUUCAUUCCA